AUGUCAGACAUUCCAGUGAUCAGCUUUAGAGACUUCGAAAACCGCAAGCAGGAGAUCGGUAAUCAAUUGAUCUAUGCCGCAGAAAAUAUUGGUUUCUUCACAGUCUGCGAUCAGGCGUAUCCUUCCGUAGACGACAUCAAGCAACAAUUUUCUCUUAGCGAACAAUUUUUUGCACAAGAUGACAAUGUGAAAUCUCAAACUCCCUUUAUAAAGGACAAAAAUUCUGGCUGGGAAAAAAUGGCACAAGUACGCCCUUCGACAGGCACACCGGAUCAAAAGGAAUCACUACAACUUCAGCAACAUACAAAAGGGCAGAAUUGGCCAACAACCAUCAACGGUUUUGAGGACAAGACCGAAAAAUUUAUGAUCAACAGUCGAAAACUAUCAAUGCAAAUUCUAUCAUUUUUUGCAUUAGCAUUGGGUUUCGAAGAAGAUUUUUUUGACAGAGCACACAAUGUAACCAAAGAGGAUGCACAAUCGACUCUAAGGUUGCUGUAUUAUCCCGAUAUUACCGGAAUACAAUUACCCAAGGGUUACUGGCGAGCUGGUCCACACACUGAUUUCGAUGUUUUGACACUGCUUUUCCAACAUGAUGGUGGUGAAGGUCUGGAAAUCUGUCCUGGUCGUAAAGUACAAACUUCUUUUGCAAUUGGAGAUGAAUGGACGCCAGUUCCUGCAAAGACGGGUCAUAUCGUUUGUAACAUUGGAGAUAUGCUGAUGUCCUGGUCGGACGAUCGAUUCAAGUCGAAUUUUCAUCGAGUUCGUGCUCCGGAUCUCGGUCAGAACCAACAGACGAGAAUGAGCAUAGCGUAUUUCAAUCAGGUAAAUAAGAAUGUGAUUAUCCAAGGACCUUUGAAGAAAUACCCUGCUUUGACUGGCGGUGAUUAUAUUUUGCAAGCCAUUGCGAGAAAUUUUAGUUCUUUUAAAUAG